UACCCCUUUUAUAUUGCAUCUCAAAUAAAAAACUUCACUAUUAUUUUCUUCUCUAAUUUUUUUCCCAAUCGGACGAUUAACCAAAAAAGCGCAUCGUCUUCUUCCUUUGGAAUCGGCACUUUUUUUCACCUUCAACUCGGCUUAUCUUAGCCUCCGGCGCCGAUUCAAAAGACCCGAACCACCUUGAAACCCGUAAAACCGGGAGAGACCCGAGUGAAAACGGUCUCUUCGUUUUCAAAAAAAUUGGCGGCCGGUUUUCUUUAAUUUUACCGGCGAUUUAAAAGGUCAGCUUCUUUGUUCUUGAUCAAUAAUCGGCUUUCUAUGGCGGGCGAUUUUGUUUUCAAUUUUUUACUUUUUGAGGGUUCUCAGCAAAGAUUGUGAAGCUUCUUUUUAUUCCGUCAACCUUUUUGCAUAAUUUGUAAAGAGGGGAGUUCUAUGCCUAGGAUUUUCAAGUGAGAGGAUGGCAUGUUUUAGAAACUAUUCAAAUGACACAGUCUCACAUGAUGCCUUGGAAGGCAAAAGCCAGGGACGAAACAGUGGUAGGAUUCUGAGCUCAGCAGAGAACGAGGACAUAGAUGGUACUUAUAGUGAAAGAGAAUUUGAUAUUAACAUGGAUGCACAGUAUCAAAGUGAUGGGGUUGGCAUUUCAAAUUCAGAGCAGAGUAGGCUGCAUCAUGAGGUGGCUACUGGUAAUGGUGCUGGCAUUUCGAAUUCCAAUUUUCAGCCAGCAGGAAGGAGAAUAGCACCUGGGAGAUGGGGUUCAACUUUUUGGAAGGACUGCCAGCCUAUGGAUCGCCAGGGUGGAUCCGAUUCUGGGCAGGAGUCAAAAUCUGACCAUAAGAGUUUGGAAGGCUCAGUAUAUAAUUCAUCAGAUGACAGGGAUGAUAGGUUAGAAUCAGAAGUUGACGAGGCACAAAAAGAAGUUGGCAAGUCUCAAAGGGGUCAUUCUGAUGUCCCUGCAGAUGAGAUGUUAUCUGAUGAAUACUAUGAACAGGAUGGGGAAGAGCAGAGUGAUACAAUGCAUUACAGUGGCUUUGGCAAUUCUGUCGGGUUAAAUACUAGGGCACAGUCAAAGCAUGUUUCUGUCAGUACCAAUGUGUCCAGGAGUUCAAAAGCAUUGAAUAAGCGUAACUAUGACAAUGAAGAUGAUAAUGAUGACAACAAUGAUGAUGUAGAUGCAGAUUAUGAAGAGGAGGAAGAAGAAGAUGAAGAUGACCCUGAUGAUGUCGAUUUUGAGCCUGACUAUGGUCUUGCCAAUUCUCAUGCAGGGAAUAAGGAUAAAGACUGGGAUGGUGAAGAUUCUGAGGAAGAAGACAAUAGUCAUGGUGAUUUAGAUGUUUCAGAUGAAGAUGAUUCUUAUUAUAAAAAGAAACCUAAAGGUAGGCAACAAAUUAAAGUUGGACCUAAUGUAAAACCCACUAGAGAACAUAAGUCCUCCAAUCGACAAAGAAGAGGGAGAUCAUCUUUUGAGGAGGAUGAAUACUCAGCCGAGGAUUCUGAUAGUGAAAGCGAUGGGGAUUUCAAGAGUAUGGCAAGGAGAAGUGGAAAUAAUCAUAAAAUUAAUGCUCGUUCUAAUACAUUGACAAGCAUGGGAAGAAACAAUGAGAUUCGUACUUCUGGUAGGUCUGUUCGGAAAGUAUCAUAUGUUGAGAGUGAAGAAAGUGAAGAAAUUGAUGAAGGCAAGAAGAAAAAGACACGAAAGGAUGAAGCUGAAGAGGAAGAUGGUGACACAAUUGAAAAAGUGUUAUGGCAUCAACCAAAGGGCAUGGCUGAAGAUGCUAUUAGAAACAAUAGAUCUACAGAGCCUGUUUUAUUAAGCCACUUCUUUGACUCUGAACCAGAUUGGAGCGAAAUGGAAUUCCUGAUAAAAUGGAAAGGCCAGUCACAUCUUCAUUGUCAGUGGAAAUCUAUUUCUGAGCUGCAAAAUCUUAGUGGUUUUAAGAAGGUUCUAAAUUACACUAAAAAGGUGAUGGAGGAUGUGAGAUACAGGAAGUCACUUUCACGUGAGGAGAUUGAAGUCAAUGAUGUGAGUAAGGAAAUGGACUUGGAUCUAAUCAAGCAAAAUAGUCAGGUGGAGAGAGUAAUUGUUGAUCGAAUCAGGAAAGAUGCCUUUGGGAAUGUGAUGUCAGAGUAUUUAGUCAAGUGGCAGGGAUUGUCUUAUGCAGAAGCAACCUGGGAAAAGGAUAUUGAUAUUCCAUUUGCUCAAGAUGCUAUUGAUGAGUAUAAGGCUCGUGAAGCUGCAAUGGCUGUGCAGGGGAAAAUGGUAGAUCACCAGCGUAAGAAGGGAAAAGCAAGUUUGCGGAAACUUGAUGAACAGCCAGAAUGGUUAAGGGGAGGACAGCUUCGUGAUUAUCAGCUGGAGGGUUUGAAUUUUCUUGUCAACAGUUGGAGAAAUGAUACUAAUGUCAUCUUAGCUGAUGAGAUGGGUCUUGGUAAAACUGUUCAGUCUGUAUCUAUGCUUGGUUUUCUACAGAAUGCCCAACAAAUACCCGGCCCGUUUCUUGUGGUCGUACCAUUAUCCACACUGUCAAACUGGGCUAAAGAAUUUAGAAAGUGGCUUCCUGAUAUGAACAUUAUUGUAUAUGUUGGUACUCGUGCCAGCCGAGAGGUAUGUCAGCAAUAUGAAUUUUACAAUGACAAGAAAAUUGGCAGACCUAUAAAAUUUAGUGCCCUGCUGACUACUUAUGAAGUAGUUCUGAAGGAUAAAGCAGUACUGUCUAAGAUAAAAUGGAACUAUUUGAUGGUUGAUGAAGCUCAUAGGUUGAAGAAUAGCGAGGCGCAGUUGUACACAACUCUUUCAGAAUUUAGCACCAAGAACAAGUUGCUUAUUACUGGAACUCCAUUACAAAACAGUGUUGAGGAGCUAUGGGCUCUGCUUCAUUUCCUUGAUCCUGACAAGUUCAAAAAUAAGGAUGAUUUUGUUCAAAAUUACAAGAAUCUUAGUUCGUUUAAUGAAAUUGAGCUUGCUAAUCUUCACAUGGAAUUGAGGCCUCACAUUCUUCGAAGGGUUAUCAAAGAUGUAGAGAAGUCUUUGCCUCCAAAAAUUGAGCGUAUCCUUAGGGUUGAGAUGUCCCCACUUCAGAAACAGUAUUAUAAGUGGAUUUUGGAACGCAACUUCCAUGACUUAAAUAAAGGUGUUCGUGGCAAUCAGGUCUCACUUUUAAAUAUAGUAGUCGAGCUGAAGAAAUGCUGCAAUCAUCCCUUCCUGUUUGAAAGUGCUGAUCAUGGUUAUGGUGGGGACACUGGCAUGAAUGAUAUUAGUAAAAUGGAGAGAAUUAUAUUAAGCAGUGGGAAGCUUGUUAUACUUGACAAGUUGCUUAUGAGGUUGCAUGAAACAAAGCAUCGUGUUUUAAUCUUUUCCCAGAUGGUUAGAAUGCUGGAUAUAUUAGCCGAGUACAUGUCACUCAGAGGAUUCCAAUUCCAGAGGCUUGAUGGUAGUACAAAGGCGGAGUUGCGACAGCAGGCUAUGGAUCAUUUCAAUGCACCUGGAAGUGAUGAUUUUUGCUUCCUUCUUUCUACUCGGGCUGGUGGGCUCGGUAUCAACCUGGCAACUGCAGACACUGUCAUAAUAUUUGAUUCUGACUGGAACCCCCAGAAUGACUUACAGGCAAUGAGUAGAGCUCACAGAAUUGGGCAACAAGAAGUUGUCAACAUUUACAGAUUUGUGACAAGCAAAAGUGUUGAGGAAGACAUCCUGGAGCGAGCUAAGAAGAAGAUGGUGCUUGACCAUUUGGUGAUCCAAAAGUUAAAUGCAGAGGGUAGACUGGAAAGAAAGGAAACAAAGAAAGGGGCUUAUUUUGACAAGAAUGAAUUAUCAGCAAUUUUGAGAUUUGGAGCUGAAGAAUUGUUCAAAGAGGAUAAAAAUGAUGAAGAAAGCAAAAAAAGGCUGUUAAGUAUGGAUAUCGAUGAAAUUCUUGAAAGAGCCGAAAAGGUUGAGGAGAAAGUCAGUGAAGAGGAAGGGAAUGAAUUAUUGAGUGCUUUUAAGGUUGCAAAUUUUUGUAGUGCUGAAGAUGAUGGGUCUUUCUGGAGUCGUUGGAUAAAACCAGAUGCCAUUGCCCAAGCAGAAGAUGCUCUAGCUCCUCGUGCUGCAAGAAAUACCAAGAGUUAUGCUGAGACAAGUCAACCUGAGAGAAGUAACAAAAGAAAGAAGAAGGGAUCUGAUCUUCAAGAGCAGCAGGAGAGAGUUCCAAAGCGCCGUAAAUCAGAAUACUCUGCCCCCUCGGCACCAAUGAUUGAGGGAGCAACUGCUCAAGUGAGAGGAUGGUCUUAUGGGAAUCUGCCUAAGAGAGAUGCAUUGCGUUUUUCUCGAGCGGUUAUGAAAUUCGGGAAUGAGAGCCAAAUCACCUUGAUAGCAGAGGAAGUUGGUGGUGCUGUUGCAGCAGCUCCACUUGAUGCGCAGAUUGAGCUCUUCAAUGCCCUAGUUGAAGGAUGCAGGGAAGCUGUUGAAGUAGGAAAUAUAGAACCUAAGGGACCAUUAUUAGAUUUCUUUGGUGUUCCUGUUAAGGCAAAUGAUCUGGUUAAUCGUGUCCAAGAACUUCAGCUCUUAGCAAAACGAAUAAGUCGUUACGAGGAUCCCAUAAAACAGUUCCGUGUGUUGAUGUACCUUAAACCCUCUAAUUGGUCUAAAGGGUGUGGGUGGAAUCAGAUUGAUGAUGCAAGAUUGCUUCUGGGAAUAUACUACCAUGGAUUUGGUAAUUGGGAAAAGAUAAGAUUAGAUGAAAGGCUUGGCCUCACAAAGAAGAUUGCUCCUGCUGAACUUCAGCACCAUGAAACCUUUCUGCCACGUGCACCUAAUUUGAAGGAGCGUGCUAAUGCACUCUUGGAAAUGGAACUUGCAGCUGUUGGUGGUAAGAAUGCUGGUGUCAAAGCUGGUCGUAAACCUUCGAAGAAGGAAAAGCAGAAUCCUCUAAACGUAUCGAUAUCUCGUGUCAGAGACAAGAAAGGUAAACCGGGUUCUACUAAGGUCAGUUUUAAAAUGGGUAGGGACAAAACCGAGAGACCUCAGAAAGUUGAACCUUUAGUUAAAGAAGAAGGUGAAAUGUCUGACAACGAGGAAGUAUAUGAGCAGUUUAAGGAAGUGAAGUGGAUGGAAUGGUGUGAAGAUGUUAUGAUUGACGAAAUAAAAACCCUUCGUCGGCUCCAAAGAUUGCAGACUACUAGUGCAGAUCUUCCCAAGGAUAAGGUACUUUCGAAAAUUCGGAACUAUUUGCAGCUUCUUGGAAGGAGGAUAGAUCAAAUUGUCUUAGAACAUGAAGACGAGCCCUAUAGACAAGAUCGGAUGACCAUGCGUUUAUGGAACUAUGUCUCUACAUUUUCAAAUCUUUCUGGUGAGAGGCUUCAUCAGAUUUAUUCGAAGCUUAAGCAGGAACAGGACGAUGAUGGUGUUGGACCUUCCCAUAUGAAUGGUUCCACACCUGGCCAUGUUGAUAGAGACGGUGAUCCUAAUUUCUUCCCUCCUUUUUCACGUUCUACCGAUAAGCAACGAGGGCAUAAGAAGAAUGCAACGGCACAUCAAACAUCACAACCGAAUCAUAAAGGCAUCGAUACCGCAAAGUUUGAAGCUUGGAAACGAUGGAGAGCAGAAACGGUUAACCAUCCUCAACUUCAACCCCCAACUCAAAGACCUCUGAACAAUGGUAGUACUCGUGUAGUAGACCCAAACUCAUUGGGGAUUCUCGGGGCAGGACCAUCUGAUAAACGUCUUGUUAAUACCGAACGGCCAUUUCGGAUGCGUCAAACUGGAUUUCCACAAAGGCAAGGUUUUCCCUCAGGCAUCAAGUAAAAGCUUUCAAGCACUGUGCUGGAUGAUAGUCGAUAGAAAAUGAAUUACGCUGAUUUGCUUCGACCUUGUGGCAUUGACUGCUUCAGCCAUUGAAUACUCUCAGCGAUUCUUUUUCCACCAUGGGAAUAAAAAUCUGCUAUCCGAAUCUUUAUGGCUGGAUCGGACAAGUUACCACCAGAUGGGAGUUGCAUCGAUGUAAAAAGACGGCUCAUGAAGAACACAAAAGAUCGACUAACAUGAGCAGACAGGGAAUUGCAGUGACCUCGCAACCAUUUUUUUCUCCAACCUUUUUUGUUUUCCGAAGUAAGUCAAGUAUUUUGUUUACGUAUAUAGCACAGGAAUAGCAGGGAAAAGAAAAACAGAAAAUGUCGAUUCAAUUUCGAAAAAUACAUGCAUGAGAUGUGUUUUACCAUGGCAGAAGUGUACAUUAUUAGGGUAUGUAUUUUUGCUUCAAAAAAGAUGCAAAUUUUGUUAGCAAUAAUAUUGGCAUAAAUUUGCUUCUGGUA